UGCUCUGCAGCAACUCCUUUUUAUAAUAAUUCUUUUUUUUUUUUUUGGGCAAAAUGGGAGCCCCGCAAAUAUUUUCCUCGUUUCAAUCAAUCCACAAAUAUAAUUGACACUUGACAGACAAACAAUAGAACAUCAUUCUUUGUUUGUUUACUCCUUUUUCAGGGAUAGAUAAGGUUUUGGGGUUUCUAUCCUACCAAAGUUCAGUCUUUUUAAUAAGAAUUUCAGUGCGGAUUUCUUAGAAUUUUGAUUAGGGUUUCUCUCUGGGUCUUUUCUGAAGUGGGGUUUUUGUAUAAUUGAACUAGAGGAAAGAAGAAGACCUUCUUCCUUUCCUUUUUUUUUUCAUUGUAUUUGCAGUUUUAAGUGAUUUUGCCCUUUUAAUGGUUUAAUAUCACUAGAGAUUUAUUGGCGUUUUUUUCUUCUUCUGCAAUUCGACCAAUAAUCCAUCCUUAAGCUGGUUGUCUGUUUUAGGGAAGAAUUUGGACGAAAUUGACUGAUCCAUUCAUCCACUGGUUUCUCUCUCUGUUGAUGCUUCUAUCGCUUCCUUUCAACAAUUCGAUUAGGGUUGCAAUUCGUAUUCAAAGCUGGACGGCUUUGUCUGUUAGGGCAUCUUUGAUAUUGAUCUGGUUAAUUCUUUCUUUGUGUUUGUUCGUUGAAUCCGUCGAGAGACUCGAAACCAUGAAGGUCCAUCCCGCUCCCAAGAAGCGAAACAUCACGUUUCGAUACGACCACAAUUCAAGCCUCUCUGAAGCCAACAGGAUCAUGAACAGGCAGAAGAAGCUGCGUCGACUUCCUCACAUAUUCAAUCGGGUCCUGGAGCUCCCCUUUCGUUCCGAUGCUGAUGUCUCGGUUGAAGAGAAUUCGGAUUGUUUCCGUUUUAUCGUAACCACCGAUGAUGUAGGCGACGAUGUUAGAGCACACACGAUCGAGAUAUACCCUGGAGUCACCAAGAUUGUGAUCAGGGGGACGAACGUUCUUGAACUGUCUUUGGACGAACUUGAGCUCGAUCUAUGGAGGUUUAGGCUUCCACCUACGACCAGGCCGGAGCUCGCUACCGCCGUUUACGUCGAUGGGGAACUAAUUGUGACAGUCCCAAAAGGUGCGAAUGCUGACAACCCAGGUGGUACCAAUGAGGAAGGGGAAGUUUGGGGGGAAGAAAAUGGGGACCUCAGGGGAGGAGUUGGUCGCCUUGUCCUUGUACAGUAACGCCUUUCUUCCAUUCCUGUGGCUUCAAAAUGCAAUUUCAUUUAAGCUUGUUCAUGGAACUCAUUCUGUAUGCUUUCUGGUUAAAUUUAGAAAUUGCCUUUAAUUACUUGGGAUGGUUGGCUCCAUUUA